CCCCGCACCCCACCGCCCCGCACCACCCCCCACCAGACAACCAACAUGUCCGCCGCCGCUCCGCUCCGCCGCCUGGCACGCCCCCGCACAAUCGCGUGCAUCGGCCGCAACUACGCCGACCACAUAGCAGAGCUAGGGAACACGCGUCCACGGGAGCCGUUCUACUUCCUGAAGCCGGCGACGUCUAUGCUGCAUCCAUCGUCUGGCGCGGUAUUGGCGCCUCGCGGCGCAAAGCUGCACUACGAGGUUGAGCUAGCGGCCAUCAUGGGAAGGGACGUCGAUGAGGCGCCGGAUACAGACGAGGCUGUGGCGAAGUAUGUUAAGGGCUGGGCGGUCGCGAUUGAUAUGACUGCGCGGCAGUUCCAGAACGACGCGAAGAAGCGCGCGCUCCCGUGGACGCUGUGCAAAGGCUUCAAGACGUUUCUUCCAGUUUCGCACUUCAUUCCGGCAUCGAAGAUCCGGGACCCGCACGACGUGCGGCUGUUCCUGCGGGUGAACGGCGAGACGCGCCAGGACGAUUCCACCGCGCUGAUGCUGUUCCGGAUCCCGCGGCUGCUGCAGCACGUUACCAGUGUUGCCCCGCUGGAGGAGGAUGACCUGCUACUGACUGGGACGCCGAAGGGCGUGGGCGAGGUCAGGGCGGGGGAUGUUAUUGAGGCGGGGAUUGUCGUCGAUGGAGUCGAGCUGGAGGAGGGGAGGAUCGAGGUUGUCGUCGAGCAGAGGGCCACUGGGUACAACUGUGAGGCUAGGGAGGCGUAGGUGGUUAUAGGUACAAAUGGAUAUCCAAUUGGUUCGCAGCUUCGCUACA